UUUUGAGACUGGCAUUUUUUCCCACUUAAAUAUGUUAAGAUGCAUCCCUGUUGUUUUGUGAUUUAGUAAUUUUUUUUAAAUAAACUAUGUCUUAGAAAAGUUUUAGAAAAAUUGCAAAAAUAGUACCUUAUACCUACAUCUUCAUCAUUAGCAUCUUACAUUAGCAUGGUACAUUUGUUGUAAUUAAGUAAAGUCUAUAAUUUAUUCAAAUUUCAUUUUACCCCUAAUGUCCUGUCUCUAUCCCAGGAUUCCACCCAGGAUACCACAUUACAUUUAGUCUUCAUGUAUAUUUAGGCUACUCCAAGAGUGCAUUCUUAGAUUUUUAAGAAACUGCAAAGUAUUUUUGUUUUUUGUUUUUAUUUUAGAGAGAGAGGAAGGGAGAGUGUGAGAGAAACAUUGAUCAGUUGCCUUCUAUUUGUGCCCCAACCAGGGAUCAAACCUGCAACUUCAUUUUAGUUUUAACUUGCCUUUCCUUAAUGACCAAUGAUGUUGAACAUCUUUUCAUGUACUUAUUUGUCAUCUAUAUAUCCUCUUUGGUGAAAUGUCUGGUCAUGUCUUUUGUCCAUUUUCUAAUCAAAUUACCUUUUUGUUACACUGUUGAGUUUUGAGAGUUCUUUAUACAUUCUAUUUGGAAAUGUUGUUUGUAAAUAUUUUCUCCCAGUCUGUAGCAGAAAGUACCAAACCCUAUACAAUGGUAUUUCCUAUACAUACUUUCCUAUGCUAAAGUAUAAUUUAUAAAUUAGACACAAUAAAACAUUAAAAACAAUAACUAAUAAAUAGGACAAUUAUAAUAAAAGUUAUGUGAAUGUGGUCACUCUCUCAAAAUAUCUUAUUGUACUGUACUUAUUUUCUUCUUGUGAUGGUGUGAGAUGAGGUGGGUGAUGAUACAAUGCAUACGUGAUGAGAUGAAGUGAGGUGAAUGACAUGAAGUGAGAUGAAUGGCGUAAGCACUGAAAUAGCAUUAGGCUACUAGAGGAUAACUUGAACAUAAGCACUGUGAUACUAUAAUAGUUGAUCUUAUAACCCAGAUGACUACCAAGUGAGUAAGUGCAGGUAGCAUACACAGUGUGCAUAUGCUGGACAAGGUGAUAAUUCACAACCUAGGCACAAUUGAGUGGGGCUGCACAAGACUUCAUCACACUAUGCAGAAGGGCAGGUAAUUUAAAAGGUACGAAUUGCUUAUUUCUGGAACUUUCCACUUAAUAUUUUCAGACGGUGGUUGACAGAAACUGGAAAGUGAAACCUUGGAUAAGGGGGCGAUGGGGGAACUACUGUAUUACUAUGUUAACAAUCUUUUCCUGCACGAUUCUUCCAGUGGUAGCAUUUAUGGGCAAGGGAGAAGUCAUGGACUGUCAGUGAUACUGAUGCUCUGCUGCCCCCCUCAGCCGGCUCUUGGCCAACAAGUUUCUCUUGAUCAUUUAACCAGUGCAGUUAGUUGCUUUUAUUAAGGGUAAGCCAGGGGAAGGUGUCAUAUCAAAAAGGUGUGUUGGGGAAGAACUCAGCAAUAGGGGCAAUGGUAGAACAGAUGCAAAUAUUCAUUCAGGUUGCUAAGCAUUACCAAGUUCUGAAACCAUUGCCAUGAUUUCUGCAAGUUAAAAUUCCACAAUUUUGGCUAAUUAUGGUAUUCAUAUCCUGCUAGUUUAUUCCUAACAAUAGAACAUUCAUUUUAUUGGAAGAGAGUCUAUGUUAUUAUAAUCAUUAAUUAAUUUAAAAAGUUGUAUAUGAAAGAGAUGGAGAUGUUUUUCUUGGUGCCUAGAAGGUAUAAGGAGAUGUUUCUCCGCAUACAGUUUGCCUGGUUCCUAAUUGAUGAAGAUGUGCCAGGCCGUGGGAUGAAAUGGUCUGUGGGAAGGGUGGUGCUUGAUGUUAGUUGUUCAUUUACAGGUAGCUUUUGAAAAUGGCUGCCUCUCAUUUCACCGGGCUCACAGCUGUUGCUGAUGUAAUUAAAGAUCUAGACACUCAGAUAGCUUUGAUUGGUCUUGGUCCUCAUACCUCCAGGAAGAAACAGGAUCUCGAUAAGCUCUAUGAGCUGAAGUCCAAAGCUCGGCAGAUUAUGAACCAGUUUGGCCCCUCAGCCCUCAUCAACCUGUCCAAUUUCUCAUCCAUAAAACCGGAACCAGCCAGCACCCCUCCACAAGGCUCCAUGGCCAAUAGCACUACAGUGGUAAAGAUACCAGGCACGCCUGGGUCUGGAGGGCGUCUCAGCCCUGAAAACAAUCAGGUGUUGACCAAGAAGAAAUUACAAGACUUAGUAAGAGAAGUGGAUCCUAAUGAGCAAUUGGAUGAAGAUGUAGAGGAGAUGCUGCUGCAGAUUGCUGACGAUUUUAUCGAGAGUGUAGUGACAGCAGCCUGCCAGCUUGCUCGGCAUCGCAAGUCCAGCACCCUGGAGGUGAAGGACGUCCAGCUGCACCUAGAAUCCCUCUGCAGGGUUACUGUUACUCAGCUUAGCUGAUUGCUGAGAUUCGUCCCCCCUGACCCUUGUCUGAGGGUCACACUGCACCCUGACCCUGCCUGCCAGUCCCCUUAUCUCUGUGCUGGCCUCUUCCUUG